AUGCAUUCUCGCCGCGCCGUGUCGCUGCUCCGGCGCGCCGGCCCGUCCGUCGUGCGCCCGGCGUCGACGCUCCCGCUCCCGGGCGACGGCGCGGGCGGCCGGCUGCGCUUCGACGACGCGCGCCUCGCCUUCGACGGCGUGCCCACGGCGGACCUCGUGCGCGCCCUCUGCGUCUUCCAGGCCUGCGGCGUGGGCCCGCUCGUCGCCCACGGCGAGCGCCUCCUCGCCGCCGCGCGCCGCGUCCUCGGCGACCGCGCCGUCGCCGCCGUCGUCCGGCCGACGUUCUUCGCGCACUUCGUCGCGGGCGAGGACGAGGCCGAGGUCCGCGGCGCCGUCGAGGGCCUGCGGUCGCGCGGCGUUGGCGCCAUCCUCGACUACGCCGCCGAGGCCGACGUCGAGGACGCGGCGCCCGGCGCGGCGCCGCCGCCGAGCUCGCGCGUCUACGACUACGCGGGCGAGGCCGCGUGCGACGCCGCGCGCGACAUCUUCGCCGGCGCCAUCGAGGCCGUCGCCCGCGUCGCGCCCGAGGACGGCUUCGCGGCCAUCAAGGUCACGGCGCUGGGCCAGCCCGAGCUCCUCGAGCGCUGGAGCUCGGGGCUCGUGGAGACCGCGCGCCUCUUCGGCGGCGAGCGGCUGCCCACGUCGGACCGCGGCGCCUUCGAGGCGGCCUGGUUCGGCCUCUUCACGGAGAGCGCCGCGUCGCGCGCCGCGGCCGCCGAGACCUUCAACGCGCUCGAGGCCGCGCGCGCGCGCGCGCCGGGCGCGGCGGUGCGCGUCGCGGACGUCAUCUCGGUCAAGCGGAUGCGCGAGCUGUCGGCGCUCUGCCGCGAGGCGGGCCCCUUCGCGGCCGCGGCGCUCACGGAGGAGGAGGGCGCGCUCGCCGACGCCAUGCUCGACCGCCUCGACGGCCUCGCGGCGCUGGCCGCGGCGCGGGGCGUGCGCGUCAUGGUCGACGCGGAGCACACGUACUUCCAGCCGGCGAUCGACCACAUCUGCCUCGAGCUCAUGCGCAAGUACAACCGGGGCGGCGGCGCCGUCGUCCACAACACGUACCAGUGCUACCUCACGGCGACGGCCGCGAAGCUCGAGCGCCACGCGGCGCUCGCGAACCGCGAGGGCUGGCACUUCGGGGCCAAGCUCGUCCGCGGCGCGUACCUCCACCUCGAGCGCGCGCGGGCCGCGCGGCUCGGCUACGCGGACCCCGUGCACGCGACCAUCGAGGACACGCACGCGUGCUUCGACGCCGCGGUCGCGUUCGCGCUCGCGCGGCCCGACGUCCGGAGCGGCCGGUCCGCCGCGAACGUCCUCGUCGCGUCGCACAACCGGGCCUCCGUCGAGCGCGCGCUCGACGUCAUGGCAAACGAGGGCCUCGACGCGCGGACGUCCAAGGUCUACUUCGGCCAGCUCCUGGGCAUGGCGGACCACCUCACGUUCACGCUCGGCGCCCACGGCUACCGCGCCUACAAGUACGUCCCCUACGGGAGCUUGUAUGAGGUCAUGCCCUACCUCUUGCGCCGCGCGCACGAGAACGGCGACCUCCUCUCGUCGAACGUCGCGGGCGAGCGCGCGCUCCUCGUCGGCGAGCUCGCGCGCCGCGCCCGCGCCGCGCUCGGGGUCUAG